GACGUUGCCCCCUUGUUGGGUAUUUAAUCAUCGUUGUCCCAGAUGUGGAAAGAAGACUGAUUCUUUUCCCGACUCAUAAUCCCUCGAGUAUCUAUUAUCACAAGUGUUCGGAUCCGAGACGAAUCACAAGUCGUUCACACGCACAAACACACACACAUAAACACACACACAUAAACACACACACACACACACGCGCAGAGUUUCUCCGUGUCCACGAUGAAUAAUAAGAAGGAGGACACCAAUGCCACUUCUGGCGUCACUGGAGCAGCCAAGACCGCCACAGGCACGGUUGGGAAUGUUGCUGGGGGUUUGACGAACACUGUUGGGGGCGUGGUGGGUGCCGUCGGCCGUGGCCUGGGCACCACCACCAACGAAGCUACUGGAGGCGCCGGUAAGCCCGUUGGCGAUGGCCUUUCGAAUAUUGGAUCAGGGGUGGAGGAGGGUACUGGCAAUGUUGCCAAAGGUGUCAAGGAUGCGGGCAACUGGAAGACGUCGUAAAGAGGAUCUCACAGAAAUAUGACCCCGAGAAGUCAGAAGAUUGGAUGGCCAAACACGAGAGGAAGGAUAUAAUCACAACACGAAGGAGUAACCCGUGGACUAGCAUACGACGAGGGCCGUUGAAGGUUGAAUCAAUCAAUGCUUUGCUCUGAACCACCAUAUACCGCUACCAGCCCCAUCAAUAUCAAGAUAGGUGGCCAACACGCUCAAGUAUACCAGGUAGGCUCGGGAAUCUCUCCGAGCAGUUGGUAGCGGCCCAGUUCCCUGUUCUUAA